UCGUUGGUGCGCCCAGGUGGAAGUACGCGCAUUCCUUCACAAACAUCAGUUGCGCGCAUCGUCAAAACGCGCGUCUCUGAAAGAACAAAGACAUGCUGGUGUUUUGAUAGGACAUGAGAUGACGAAGAGUACGUCACUGAACGAGCCACAAGGAAAGGAAAGCAAAAGGCGUAUAACGUUUCUUGAUUAUGAAUUACGUCAUGUGUUUAAGUAAAAGAGGUUGGCAGUAGGGGGCGUUUCGUGACGGACGACUUCACACACCGAUUAAAGGGACAUUGUAGGGAACCAGUGGACUUACAAGACAGAAAGGGAAAUACAAAACGUGCCACAAGUUUUGAUAUACCUCUAAAAGGUGAACUGUUGUACAGUUUGAAAGUAAAAACAUAGGCCUAUACGCAAAUUUGGAAAACACUGUUAACUCUUUGCUAAAUGUUACUCAAUUUCUUUUUAUUAUGACAUCACAACAUUAUACGACGCUUACUUUCGUUAUUAUUGACUUUUGUUUUGUAAUGUUCAAUAUCGUUUCCCCUAUUUUGUCCUUUGUUGUCUCUUAAGCACGCUUACUUUCUCGAGAGGAAAAAACAAAUAAGAAUGUAACAGAGGACAUUAAAGAUGUUGAACUUGUGUUAGUUGAACUACCUGGAAUUUUUUUCUUAUCUCAAGCACUUUCUUCAUAAUAUGUAUAGAUAUUGUUGUUUGCAUGUCUCAACCACCAUUUCUAGCAACUGAAUCUAUAUUUGGAAAACCGAUAAACUGAUACGGGUUGAAGUGACUUGUUUGAACAUGUCCACUCGCCUGUUGGCAGCCGUGCGUGAGGAGCAUCGCCCCUUUAAGAGGCGAUCCCAUGCGUGGAAUCUAGGGGGCAGGUCCCUGUCAGCGACUGCGUUUCUCUUCUCGCUCUACAGUCAGUCCAGUCCUAAAUUGAGCUUACUUGAGUGCUGACAGACGAUUAUAGCAGAUUGUCCUCCUGCGGCUUUAGAUAGGGGCAUAGCUCCAGUGAAAGGGCUUGAAGGAAAUUUAUCGCAACGUACAGUUGACAUCGAGACGUUUCCACGCACUCUUUCCAGACAGUGACGAUAAACGGGACUCGCGUCUCUACCUUUUACUGUUAAAGAGGUUUCGGGAAAGAGAAGGAACAACGCGUCACAGUGGCAAAUGACAAGAAAAUACCAAAGCACUCGACGAGCACGAGUACUUUUUGUCUCGUUCCUGUAGUUGUCUUGUUCUGACAUAUCAUCGUUUUGAUUCGUAGCGAGCUUUAUGUGCCGUGGCUCUGACAGCUCUUUUGUCACUACAGCGACUUGCUGCUUGUGAUGAUUGCGUGCGGUGACGUUGAGGCGCUUUGUCCGUGGCUACUGGUGAAGUGCGCUGGAGAGAUAUAGUUGUAUUACAUCAGUGCACCAAGUCGCUGGGAGUGCGACAGAGAGAAAGAACACAGUGGGAUCCGAGUGAAUGAGUGAGGUUCAAGUUUCAAGUUCAAGUUUUGCACCAGUCGUUCGAGGAGCGUUAGGCACUAUUUAGAGUAAGAGACGCAUUCAUGGAAUGCGACUGUGACCGCGUCCCACUGCCUAUCUAACUUUGAACUAGUGACCGAAGGGGAGCGACGAUAGAGACGAUGGCAGAGACGACCCUGGAGCCGCGCUCUGAUCUGGACGUUGUCAUUGAUCCGGAUUUUGAGCCGCAAAAACGGCCGAGAUCAUGCACUUGGCCACAGCCGGAGUCAAGCUCGGCGAAGCCCGCGUCCAAUGACACUGACAUUAUUCCCGAGGAAGAGGACGACGAGGAUGACAGCGCGAUGGCGAUCAACGCCAAUGGUGUGGUUGAAGGAGAGGACAGCGGCAGUCCGAGCCUGUCCGAUGGACUGCAUGCAAGCGGACAGGACAACACGGGCUCUCCGCUGUCCUCCCAGCUGGCCUCAGCGACCGCGGGGGCGAGCGGCCAGGGCGGCCAACAGCAAACCCCACGGAAGACCUCCUCGCGGAGGAACGCAUGGGGCAACCUGUCAUACGCAGACCUUAUUACUAAAGCCAUAGAAAGCGAUCCAGACAAAAGACUGACACUGUCUCAGAUUUACGAAUGGAUGGUCAGAAGCGUCCCGUACUUUAAAGACAAAGGCGACAGCAACAGCUCCGCUGGCUGGAAGAACUCCAUCCGACAUAACCUGUCCUUGCAUAGUCGUUUCAUCCGUGUACAGAAUGAGGGAACUGGGAAGAGCUCCUGGUGGAUGAUCAAUCCUGAAGGGGGGCGGGGAGGCAAAGCACCAAGGCGACGUGCAGUCUCCAUGGACAAUGGUAACAAAUACACCAAGAGUGCACGUGGGCGAGCGGCCAAGAAAAAGGCAGCACUGCAGGCUGCCCAAGAGGGUUCGGUGGAGAAUGUAUCUGGUGGUGGUGGUGACCUAUCGAAAUGGGCAGGAAGUCCCACUUCCCGCAGCAGCGAUGAACUGGAAUGCGGUUGGACUGACUUUCGCUCACGAACCAACUCCAAUGCAAGCACCUUGAGUGGACGACUGUCACCUAUUCUAGCUAAUCCGGAGCUUGAUGAUGUCCAGGAUGGCCCGCCUCUCUCCCCAAUGCUCUACUCCAGCCCCAGCAGCCUCUCUCCACCUUCGUCCUCCUCAUCAAACCCCAAAACUUGCCCAGCUGAACUUCCGGGACUUGCUGACCUGACUGGCACAAUAAAUCUCAAUGAGGCUGACAACCUAAUGGAUGGUUUGUUGAACAACAUCACCACACAAGCUCAGGUAGUUCAAGUGGGUUCUGCUUUUAGUUUUGGCUCCAAAACCACCACCUCUUCUCCAAGCCCCACUUCCACUUCUCAAACUGUGGGGAAUAACAGUGCAGGAUUCAGUAACCCCAUUUUCGGACCUUCAACGGGAGGACUACGUCAGACACCAAUGCAGACCAUACAGGAAAACAAGCAAACAUCUUUUUCUAGCAUUACGUGUUUUGGGAACUCACUUCAAGAGCUCCUGAAUUCUGAUUCAUUGGGCUCUCUCAGUCAUAGCGAUGUCAUGAUGACACAGUCGGACCCACUCAUAUCACAGACCAGUGCUGCAGUCACUUCUCAAAACUCGCGCCUUCGCAAUGGCCUCAUGCUCCGUAAUGACCCAAUGAUGUCAUCGUUUAGUUCAGUGUUAAAUGGACGAAGCAGUCACCUCCAGAAUAAGCAACACCAUCAGGGGUCAAGCGUCCAGGGUUCUUUGCGCUCCCUCUCCAACAACAGGGUUCAAAGUUUAGCUAAUGAUGCUAAUAACUUAGUCUCUGCAAAGCAGCUCCUCCAGCCACAGUCCACUAUGUUGAUGACACAGACUUCACUUUACUCCGGGCUGAAUGGAGGUAAUGGGAUCUGUAACCCGUCAGGAACAGACCGUUUUCCUUCGGACUUGGACCUGGACAUAUUUAACGGGAGUCUGGAUUGUGAUGUGGAUUCUAUAAUUCGUUCAGAACUAAUGGAGUCUGAUGGACUGGAUUUUAACUUUGAUGCAUUGGUGCAAAAUGCUGUUAGCCUGAAUCCUGUGGGAAACCUCACCGGGACAAAGCAGUCCAAUCAAAGUUGGGUGCCUGGCUGACAGCAUUUAUAUAGGCUCACAACAGCAGACAAACAACAAAUAAAAGAAUAACGAACAUCCUGCAAAAAAUCCACCAGACUUGAAGUAUCCUUGCCAAGUUUGCUGUAUGCAGCAAGUACUGGAUGAAUCUGACUACGACAUCAUCGCGAUGUUUACCUUCAGUUCAACAGAGCCAGAUUAUAACAAAAGACUGCCCAAUGGACACACAAACAAACUUAUGGUGAACUCGCAGUUCAUGCAACGUUAUGCAAUGAUAAAAUUGUUAGUGAUAAAAAGUGAAACUGAGGCCUGUUGUAGCUUUUCUGUCCUAGUUUUGUUUCCUUGGGUAGGGUCUCUAUAGUCUUUCUCUGUUUUUCUAACAUUUUUGUUAAAUGAUUGGCUGUUUUUGUCAUCGUUUUAGCACUAAUUUUGUCAUUGUUCAAUCUAAAGAAUACAACAGAAGGUCAGCAAAUAAUCUGGAAAAUUUCAGUAGCUAGACAACGUGCACUUUGCUUUCAUUUUUAUCUCAUUGUUACCAUACAAAGUUGGCUUCAAAUUUGAAAUAUAGUUGCCUCAUAACAAUAAUGAAAUAAUCAAAUUGUCUGUGGCUGAUUUUAACUGUAUAAUGAUGAGUAAUUAAUUUGUGUGCACUAUCUAUAACCAUAAAAAAAUGGCAAGAUUUAAAGCUUGGCAGGUGGAGGCAUCUUAUUUAGCCAUUGGUUUUCGCAUAUAAAUGUAGCCAAAAGUAUGAUAAAUAAAUAAAAUAUUUACUUGCAUUGUGGACAUUUCCAUGCCAUACCAGGUGCUAAAUUAUCAGUGUUGAGCCCUGUCCUUUAUUAAGGCCUUUUAUGUUUUCCUGGCCACAAGGACAUAGCAUAAAUGAUUAGCGGUAGCAAUUAGAAUAAUGGCAGCAUUCAAUGGUGGAUGGGACUUUCCUCUGGAAGCCAACUUUACUGAGCAAAAACAAUAAGCUAUCUUUUGUAUAUUUGCCAAAUUACUUGAAAAUGUAGAAGAUGCUGGCAGCCAAAAUCACAAAACAAAGUGAGAUCAGAGGACUUGUAUGUCCUUAUAUGCAACAUGCAUCACUUGCUCAGGGGAGAGUGGGGGCUCCAUUAUAACAUCAGAGCCUCAUCUUGAAUUAACUGCAUCCUGGCUGUGUACACUUAAAAUGUUUUAUGAACAUUGUACAUGUGAAUCCACAGAAAUCCAUCCUGUGUUGUUUAUUGAUGUCUUUACUGGGGGGUGGGCAGGGUAUUGUCACUGUAUUAAACUUUGUUUUGUUCCAUUGAUCAAUUAUCACAGAACAUGAUGUACAAAUCUUAAUGUUUGGUGUCCCUGGCCCUUCAAAGCAUACGUUCAUGUAUGCAUGCAUGUAAAUGUACAUAUGCAUCAUGUAAAAUGCAUAUCUAUGUAUACAUCCUGCUAUACUUAUGUAAUGUAGUGAUAAUACAGAUAAAUCUUUUGGAGUCCAUGUAUUAAGAUAAACCAUGUAAUUGUUAGAUGGGGACAAUUACCAUAGCAGUGGUGUCAAACUUAACAUGUGUCGUGGGAUAAGAUUAUCAUCAUAUUCAUUCUAGUUUUCAGAAAGACGCUGUUCUCAGUGAUGUCCACGAUGCAGCAAAUUCAUUGGCUGGAAAACCACCCCUAUAAAUCAGCUUACCAUGUAAAUUGAUUUAAAAAUUCAAAAUAUUGUCAUUGUCCUUGCAUGUAUUCUUACACCUCCUUUUAUGGGAAUAAACCUAUUUUUAAAGACAUCUGACACAGAGACCCGUCUUCCUAUUGACUAGUUACAUCUUUAAACAUUACUGGUGUUUAUUUACUAUUUCCAGAGUGAUAAUCUGCAUAUACCACUAUUCCUACAUCUUCCGCCCUGAUCGUAGCCUUCUUUCCUCCCUCAUCUCCUUAAAUCCUUUGCUGUUUUACCUCUUUAUCUUAUAGCCAUGUGGCUUCUCUACUAGAUGUUUGUGAGUAUUUUUUCCUGUGUACUCCAUUUUUAUUGUAAUCUAGUUUGUAUAAGAAAUGGUGCGCAUGUAAAUAAAGCUUGAUUAAGCUAUA